AUGUACCUGGGCUAUCUUCUGGAUAAGGACGCCAACAUGUACCCCAGCCCCGUGCGGCACCCCAGCCUCAACCUCAACCCCCAGAACUACGUGCCGGGGCCGCCCCAGUACUCGGACUUCGCCGGCUACCACCACGUGCCGGGCAUCAACAGCGACCCGCACCACGGGCAGCCCGCGGGGGCCUGGGGCUCGCCCUACACCCCUGCCAAGGAGGACUGGCACGCGUACGGCAGCGCCGCCACCGCCUCGCCCGCCGCCGCCCCGGCGCAGUUCGGCUUCGGCGCCCCGGAUUUCAACGCCUUGCAGGCACCGGGCUCGGGGCUGCUGCCGCCCGCCAUGGGCAGCGCCGUGCCGCAGCUCUCGCCCACGGCGCAGCGCCGCACGCCCUACGAGUGGAUGCGGCGCAGCGUCCCCAGCACCAGCAGCAACGGCAAGACCAGGACAAAAGACAAGUACCGGGUGGUCUACACGGACCACCAGCGCCUGGAGCUGGAGAAGGAGUUUCACUACAGCCGCUACAUCACCAUCCGCCGCAAAGCCGAGCUGGCCGCUGCGCUGGGGCUCACCGAGCGGCAGGUGAAAAUCUGGUUUCAGAAUCGGAGGGCGAAGGAGAGGAAGGUGAACAAAAAGAAGAUGCAGCAGCAAAGCCAGCCCACAAGCACCACCACCCCUACGCCGCCGGCCGUUGGCACCCCGGGACCCAUCGGGGGCCUCUGCAGCAGCAGCGCCCCCAGCCUCGUCUCCUCCUCCCCACUGACGAUCAAGGAGGAAUUCAUGCCUUAA